AAAUAAAAAAAAAAAAACAAAAGAAAAGAAAGAUUAAAUAGAAACAGCGAAAGAGUGAGAAAGAAGAGAGCUAGAGAUAAAUAGAAAGAAGGAAAGGGAAGGUUAACACCCCGGCGUAUCGUAAACGUUUUCAUAUUUUUGAAAUAAUACGAAAAGUAAAAUAAUACCAGAAUAGUAUCAUCUGGUUUGUUACUUUGGUCUGAACAAAUUCGGCGCGCAGGUGAAUCAGUCAUACGUGUGCUGCGAGGUGUGGUACCUUCGAAGAAACAUGGUACGCUCAGGUUUCUGGAAUGCUGCUAGGUCCAAUGUGUCGAGGUGGAUGAUGGCAAUACCAAAUGGCUAUCAGGUCACCAGUCUCAUCCUGUCUAUCCUACUUAACGUGCUGAUACAUACCGAAUACCAUACGAGCACGGUUAUUGCCGAGGUAGUAGUCGCUGGCAAUGGAAACGUUUUGGGCACGACGAUGACAAACGCUACGGCAAUUGCGACGAGAACAUCUACUACGCCGACUCCAAUGACUACGACAACGGCAAUGACGACCACGACGACAGCGAUGAUGACAACGAUGGCGACGAUGAGACCAUUGGACGUCCAGCUUCCACCCACUUUACCAAUGACCUUUGCUACCAUGAACUCAACUACAAUCUCUGCGCAAUCUGGUUCCACGGCUUUGCUACCCUGCAUUGUUCACAAUCUUGGCGACGGAGUGGUGUCGUGGAUAAAGCGUAAGGCUGUUCAGGAAUUACUAACAGUCGGUCUGAUAACAUACGCUAACGAUGCACGUUUCCAAGCUAUUCACUUUCACCACAGCGAGGAUUGGACUUUGCAAAUAAAGUAUGUUCAAGCAAGAGACGCAGGACUGUACGAAUGCCAAGUUUCGACCCAUCCUCCUAAAAGCAUAUUUUUAAACCUGGAAAUUGUUGAAGCCAGAACUAAGAUAAACGGACCCCCAGAGAAAUACUUAAGACCGGGAAGUAGUCUACAACUUCAUUGCGUUAUCAAGAAGUCUACUGAGACCCCGUCUUACCUCUUCUGGUACCACAACCAUCGAAUGAUCAACUACGACAUCGAACGCGGUGUCAACGUCAGCACCGAUCUGAUUACACGUGAAAGUUGGUUGGAGGUGCCACAUGUAUCCAACCGACAUUCGGGCAACUACACCUGCGAAGCUAGCAACGCAUUACCCGCACGUGUAUCAGUAAUCGUCAUCAAAGGCGACAAUCCUGCUGCUAUGCAGCAUAGUUCGACUAUUUCCUCCAUACUUUAUCAUAAAGUAAUUUUCUUUUCGACAUUAAUGCUAUUAAGAAUCCUUUCGUAAAUUAUUGUCGAAAGGAGAAAAAAAAGAGAAAAAGAAAAAAAAAAUUACAAAAACAAAAAAACACA